UCUUUUAUUGUUUAUGGUAUUUUGUAGUGGUGGAUAGCUUGCUUGUGUAGUGUUUCUGUUUUGUGUAUUUUGUAAUUGCAAUCCAUCUAUUUUGCUGCAAUAAACAUUCAACACAAUAUAAAAAAUGAAAUCUAAAAAGCGCCAUCAUACUUCCUCGGAAGAUUCUGAAGAAUCCGAGCCAAGUGGGAACAGCAGUUCUUCUGCCAGUGAUAGUGAGGAAUCUUCGUUAUCGGAACAUCGCUACAACAAAAAAAAAAGGAAACGUGCUGAUUCUUCAGAUUCGGAAAGCGAUUCUGAUGAGCAAAAACGUUCGAAGAAACGCAAACAUAAGAAAAAGAAGAAGAAGCACAGCAAAAAGAAGAGGCGUUCUGAUUCCGCGGUAGACAGUGGCUCAGGUGCUGAAGAUGUGUCUUCAGUCAGCGAGGGGGAAAUAUCAUCGAAGAAAAAGCGUAAACAUAAGCAUAAGCACAAGCGCCAACGGAGCACUUCAGUUAGUGAGAAAGAUGAGGAGCACAUUCAACGUCGCCUGCACAGUGUUGUAAAAGAGCGCCGUGGAUCUUCAGAAGAACCAAAUCAACCAAUAAGAACAUAUUACAAUCAAAAGGAAUAUCAAAGAUCAGUUUCUCCUGAAGAAUAUGAAAGGCAACGAGAAGUCCAGCGCUUUUAUCGAGGGUCCAGCAAGGAAAGGAGGCAGCAGUAUCAUGAGCAAUAUCAACAAUAUGACAGAGAACAUAAUGAAAGAUAUACACAAUAUCGGCAAGAGAAAUUUGAUAGAAAUAGAGAGAAAUUUGGCCAAAAUUCUCAAUAUAUUGAUCCUAAUGAAGAACUUAAUAGACGCCAGAGGGACUAUGAGUAUAAAAGGCAUCAGAGGUAUGAUGAGCACCGAUCUCCAAGGGAAGAUUUCUCUAGGAGGCCGAGGGAGCCAGAAGAGCGCUAUCACCAAAGAGAUGAUGCUAGAGGUCCCAACCGUUACAAUCAGUAUGAGGAGCGUGGAGGACCCAAGAGGCGAGAGUACGAUGAGAGGAGAGAUUACCGCGAUAGACGUGGUCCACCAGACAACGAUCGCUUCCGUGACAGAGAGUACCCUGACAGAAAGGAGAGGUACCAUGAAGAAGGCUUCUCAUCUGAAAGGCCGCGUGAAGUUCGGCGAGAGAAGCCCAUGAACUCAGCUGGUAGGCCGGAGAAGCCGCCUGCGCCACAACACAGAGAACGGUCAAGAUCCAGAAGUCCAGAAGACCGCUACAAGGAGCGGAGUCGCCGCCCCGAGAGACCAGAGGGCAGGGAGGAGCGUUACCGCGACGGACGCGGCGACGAGAGGAGGGAACGACCGCCCAGAACUGAAGAUGAACGACCGCCCAGAAAUGCGGAACGCGAGCGGAAACCUGUUGUCAAGACUGAAUCUAGGUCGCGAGAUCGGAAGACUAGGUUUGCAGAUGCAGACGAAAAUAAAGAAUAUGAUUGGGGUAAAGCAGACGUUAAGAAAGAAGAUGGAAAGACUCCGGCUGAUAAAGAGAAACCCAACUUUGGUCUGUCGGGUAAACUGACGGCUGAUGCUAACACAGUCAAUGGGGUCGUCAUUAAGUAUACUGAGCCUGAAGAUGCUAAACAACCUAAAAGAAGAUGGAGAUUCUAUCCCUUCAAAGGCGACAAAGCGUUGCCGAUCCUGUACAUUCACCGUCAAUCAGCUUUCCUGAUCGGUCGUGACAAGAAGGUUGUGGACAUCGCGCUCGAACACCCGUCUAUAAGCAAACAGCACGCGGCCUUGCAGUACCGAGCUACGCCUUUCAAUAGACCUGAUGGCUCCCAGGGACGGAGGGUCAGGCCGUAUGUUAUAGAUCUAGAAUCAGCGAAUGGUACGUUCGUGAACAACAAGAAGAUCGAGCCUCGUCGCUACGUCGAGUUGCUGGAGCGUGACGUGGUCAAAUUCGGCUUCUCCCAGCGCGAGUACGUACUCCUACACGAGAACAGUAAGGACGACGCGCAAGACGACGACAACCAGGAGCCGCCAGCACUCGGCGCUAACGUCACCACCACCGAGCAGUUGAAGCACGAGAAACGCGUCAAACAAGAAAUCGCUGAAGACGGGGAAUAAUUCCCACGUCAAAUUACCCCAAAACAACUUUUAGUUAAGAAAGGUAUAUUUUAUUUUUAUUCUUAGUUUUCGAUUGCGGAAUAGCCGCGCGAAAUGUUUUUUUUUCUUUCCAGGGAUUCUGAAGUGCUAUCGUAUCUUCAGACUUCUUUACUACCUCGAUUCGUUUUCCACAAAGCAAUAAGCUUUGGAAAUCAUGUCAUAAGGCGUGCGAAUAGACUAAACUGAAAUAAACCUUAUUGAGGUUGUUUGUUCCGUGUUCAUGGAAUAUUUUCAUAUUAUGUAAUUAGAUAAACUUCCUUAUGUCUAACAAGACAUCUAUUAUGUGUUAUGUUGCGUGGUAUAGACUGGGCUUAUGUACGAUGGCGAAAUUGCAAAUAAAAAGUGGGAUAAUAUGUUCUGAAAUCUUAAUAUUGUGUCUUUCUUAUAUCGGGUGUGUCGUUCACAAUCACAUUAAAUCAUAUCGCAUAUACUUUAUGAUAUUCUAUGGCGAAUUGUAAAAAAAAUAACCUAAUCCAUUCAGUGCUUUAACCACAGGAGU